CACGAUUUAAUUGAACUCUUUAGAAUAGGAGGAAAUUCCCCUUCAACGAAUUAUUUAUUCAUGGGUGAUUAUGUCGACAGGGGGUACUACUCAGUCGAAACUGUUACUUUACUCGUCGCACUCAAACUUCGUUAUAGAGAGAGAAUUACUAUUCUUCGUGGUAAUCAUGAAUCCAGACAGAUCACUCAAGUAUACGGUUUCUAUGACGAGUGCUUGAGGAAGUAUGGCAACGCAAAUGUCUGGAAGUUCUUCACUGACUUAUUUGAUUAUCUUCCAUUGACAGCUUUAAUUGACAAUCAAAUAUUUUGUCUUCACGGUGGUUUAUCCCCUUCAAUUGAUACUCUUGAUCAUAUUCGCUCAAUUGACCGUAUUCAAGAAGUUCCUCAUGAAGGUCCUAUGUGUGAUCUUCUCUGGUCAGAUCCCGACGAUCGUUGCGGCUGGGGUAUAUCUCCUCGUGGUGCCGGUUACACAUUCGGUCAAGACAUUUCAGAAGCAUUCAAUCACUCAAAUGGUUUGACACUUGUAGCUCGUGCUCAUCAGCUUGUUAUGGAAGGUUACAAUUGGUCUCAAGAUAGGAAUGUAGUCACGCUGUUCUCCGCACCAAACUAUUGUUAUAGAUGUGGUAAUCAAGCUGCUAUUAUGGAAAUUGAUGAAAAUCUCAAGUAUACUUUCCUACAAUUUGAUCCAGCACCAAGAGCUGGUGAACCGAUGGUAUCUCGAAGAGUUCCGGACUACUUCUUAUAGGCUAUUACUCACUGUAUUUAUGUUUGCAUUGGGUAUUCUAACUUGUACAAUGUGUAACUACGAAAAUAAAUGUAACGACAACAAAUAAUAAUAGCUCAUUAUGUUUCUAGCGAUUCAUUAAUCAAUUUC